AAAAAAAUUGCCUUUAUGGAGAGAGUGGGAUGUCCGGCUUCAGAGUGGUAACCUACGUUGCACCAGUGAUGAAAAAGAGAAUUAAAUAUGGGUGAUGUUGAGAAAGGCAAGAAGAUUUUUGUUCAGAAGUGUGCCCAGUGUCACACCGUGGAAAAGGGAGGCAAGCACAAGACUGGGCCUAAUCUCCAUGGUCUCUUCAGGCAGAAGACAGGUCAGGCUGUUGGAUUCUCUUACACAGAUGCCAAUAAGAACAAAGGCAUCAUCUGGGGAGAGGAUACGCUGAUGGAGUAUUUGGAAAAUCCCAAGAAGUACAUCCCUGGAACAAAAAUGAUCUUUGCCGGCAUUAAAAAGAAGGCAGAAAAGGCCGACUUGACAGCUUAUCUCAAAAAAGCUACUAAUGACAAAACAAAUGUCUCAUGAAUUUUUUAUGUGUACCAUACUUUAAUAGAGCUUAUA